UCUUCGAGUUCGAUGUCAUCGUAAGAUUUCUCCGGCGCCCCCAACCAUUGAAGAUAGCUUAAGGUCAGCCGGAUUGUGGGACUUUACUAAUUUAAACAAAUAUAACGUUGAUAAUCGUUUAAUAGUCGCGUUAUGUGAAAGAUGGAGGCCGGAGACCCACACAUUUCUUUUUCCAUCGGGCGAGUGUACAAUAACGUUGGAAGACGUUCAUAUGCUCCUUGGUUUAAAGGUUAACGGUGAACCGAUAACCGGUAAAACAGAAGUUGGGUGGGAGAUUGUUGAACCUAUAUUAGGAAGUAAGCCAUUAAACACUCGCCAUGACGGGAAGAGUAUAAGAUUAUCAUGGCUUCAAGAAUAUAUCAACGGUGUUGGUAUGACAGGUCCCCCGACGACUCUACAUAUGUUUAGAGCCUAUUUCUUAUACUUGAUAGGCUCUCGAAUAAUGCCUAAUAAUAGUGGUAAUCUUGUACAUUUAUCGUUUUUGCAAUUGUUGGAUAAAUCACCUGAGGAGGUUGGACAGUAUAGUUGGGGUUCAGCUUGUUUGGCCACGCUAUAUAGAUCCUUGUGUGACGGUGCAAUAUAUGGCAAUACCGAAAUGCCUGGGUGCACAAUUCUCUUGCAAGCAUGGGCGUGGUCAAGAAUGUCAUGCUUAGCUCCCGUGCCAAGGAUACCACCGCAAGCUCAUGCACAACUUCCGUUGGCAAAUAUAUGGCUAGAACAUGGUAAUAAAUUCGUGGAAAAUCCUCGGCAUAAUCUUGUAUGUACGCGUUUAAAAAUCGACACCAUGACAUAUGAUCAGUUCUCCUGGAGGCCUUAUGUCAACUUCAAUUACAGCAACGAAGAAGAAAGCCAGAUAUGGUCUGCAAACACAUAUCUCAUCUGUUUUCAGAUUGUCGAGAGACAUCAGACAGACAGAGUAAGGCUUCAAUUUGGCUUACCGCAACACCCACCUUCCUUACCAGAAAAUUUGAAAGAUUUCCACAAAAUUAAUUUGUCAAAAGAUAGAAUUAAAGGCUCGUGGGGAGAUAAGCAUCAUCGUCAAGUCCAAAACUGGAACCAACGUCAUCAAUUAGCACUUCACGGCGUUCGGUAUAACCAUGAGGUUUAUCCAAAUCGUCAAUAUUUUGCAUGGUAUUGGGAAUUUUUCGGAGAUUAUCUGUGGCUUUCUAGAGAAGUAUUAUUGUCAAACCCAAGGCAAGCAUGUGCAUCAAUUUUACCAGGAUUGCCGCGUGACUAUCCUGCAGUCCCACAAACUUAUACGGUGCCAGAUGAAAAUAUGUGGUCAAAUACACCUCCACCCUAUAACCAAUUCAUGACACCUCCACCCACUAACUUUGACCAAACAUUUAACCCAUCCACCAACUACAACUACAACCAAACUUACCAAUCACCGCCACAACCCACAAACCAAAUCUUACAUAACACCCCAAUCCCAUAUCCAACCUAUUCUCAACAAAGUCAUCAUGGAGAAAGCUCUCGAACAUCAAACUAUUCAUUUGAUGACUACAAUCCAACUCAAUACACCACACAAACCGGUUAUCCAGACCAAUCACAAUACUCCUCGUUCAACCUACCAACCACUCCACACUUUGUCAACUAUCCCCAAACAAGCUAUGCACCUCAAUGGCCAAAUUCACAAACAAAUCCCAUAGAAAAUCUGGCAGCAGGGUUUAAUGACGAUGACUUCGUUAAUGAAAUCUGGACCAAUUCAGCUUCACAAAUGCAAAAUGAAGUCGCUAUGUGUGCUCCCUGAUUUUCGGAUA